CGCAGAGGCCAAUUUUUGGGGGUGGCCCUAAAUAAGAGGGUGGUGGGAGGACGGGAAGCUAAGACUGGACAUGGCUCACGCCCGACCUUCCCCCAGCCGUGCCCCAGGAGGGGGACAGGGUCCCUCCACCAUGGGGGUCUGGGUUGCAGCAUCCCCAAGGCAUGGGCCAUCCCCACACACACACCAGGGAUGGACUGGACAAUCCAUCAGCUCUGGCUUGGCCAAAGAGUGGACGCUAAGGCAAAGCUGCCCAACAAUGGGCAACAAAAGGGACUCAGCCCUCACCCGGGAGGCGUCAACACUAAGGAACAUCGAAGUGUCCUACAGUGGGUUCCUUGUAGGUUCUAUGAGAAAGUCCAGGCACUGCACCAGGACCCCGAGGCCUCAGUGGACAACCCCUUGCUGGCCUUCAGCCUCAUCAAGCGCCUCCACUCUGACUGGCCCAACAUCGUCUACAGUGAUGAGGCCACCAUGAACACACAGGCACUCCAUGCUGGCCUCAGGGAGAUGGAGCAGGAGCUGCCUGGAACCGAGGACCUGGACGGGGCGGCCAGGGCACUGAUGCGGCUGCAGGACGUCUACGCACUCAGCGUCAAGGGCUUGGCCAGCGGCGUCUUCCAGAGAGCCGGGCACCCACCCCUCUACAGUCCCGGCCGGCGCGCCUCCCUCUCUGCCGACGACUGCUUCCACGUGGGAAAGGUGGCCUAUGACACAGGUGACUAUUACCACUCCAUUGCAUGGCUGGAGGAGGCAGUCAGCCUCUUCCGCCUCUCCUACGGCAGCUGGAACCUGGAGGACCGGAGCAGCCUGGAGGAUGCUCUGGACCAUCUGGCCUUCUCCUACUUCAUGGCUGGAAACGUCUCUCAUGCCUUGAGCCUCUCCAUGGAGUUUCUCCGCUACGAUCCCAGUAACCAAAGGGUGUCGAGGAACGUGGCCAAGUACAAGAAGCUGCUGGAGAUGGGGAUGGGAGCAAGUGCCAGCCCCCUGCAGCGCCCCAACAGCACCCGCCUGCAAAGCCGUGAUGCCUACGAGGAGCUGUGCCAGCGCCCCAGGGGGCAGCUGGCCCCAGAGCGGCUCCUGCACCUCAGCUGCUCCUACGAGACCAAUGGCAGCCCCUACCUCCUCCUCCAGCCUGCCAAGAAGGAGAUGGUCCGGAUCCAACCCUAUGUGGCUCUGUACCACGAUUUCAUCACCGAUGCCGAGGCUGAGACUAUCAAGGGGUUGGCAGGGCCCUGGCUGCAGAGAUCCGUGGUUGCCUCUGGGGAGAAGCAGCAGAAAGCUGAGUACCGGAUAAGCAAGAGCGCCUGGCUCAAGGACACGGCCGACCCAGUGGUGCGGGCCUUGGAUCGACGCAUCGCCGCUGUCACCGGCCUGGACCUGCGGCCACCGUACGCCGAGUACCUGCAGGUGGUCAACUACGGCUUGGGAGGCCACUACGAGCCACACUUCGACCACGCCACGUCCGUGAAGAGCCCCCUGUACAGAAUGAAGUCGGGCAACAGGAUCGCCACAAUCAUGAUCUAUCUGAGUGCUGUGGAGGCUGGAGGCUCUACUGCUUUCAUCUAUGCCAACUUCAGCGUGCCUGUGGUCAAGAAUGCGGCUCUUUUCUGGUGGAACCUGCGGAGGAACGGGAAUGGUGAUGGGGACACCCUCCAUGCCGGCUGCCCCGUCCUGGCCGGGGACAAGUGGGUGGCGAAUAAGUGGAUCCAUGAACAUGGGCAGGAGUUUCGGCGGCCGUGCAGUGCUGAUCCACAGGACUGAGCCGCCGUGGGAUCACAGAUGUGACAUCUGCAAGUGGCAAAGCCACCCCGGCACAGAAUGUCCCCAAGGACUGAGCAAGGG